CAUUUUGCCACAGUUGAUUUUGUAAUAACAAAACUCGUUAAAAUCAAAAGAACUGAAGACAAACGGUUUUUGUUGAAUGUGUUUAACUAAUUCCUAAACAUUUUUAUUAGAAACUUGAGACGGUCAAAACUGAUCUAAUCUUAACGCGUACAAUCUUAAUUCAAAAGUAAAAUGUCUUCCGAUCCUGUGCUUCUUCGGCAUUUGAAAGGCCACAGAGGCAAAGUAACUGGUAUCGCGUUUCAUCCAGAAGGAAACCGUUUUGUAACAAGUUCGGUAGAUAGUACCGCGAUUGUUUGGAACAUGAAUGAACAGAUCCGGUGCAUGCGUUUUGCUGCUCACACGGAUGUCGUUAACGAUGUCGCUUGGUCUCCUGAUGGGCGGAUUGUUGCCUCUGCAUCCAAGGAUCGAACCAUUAAAAUUUGGGUUCCAUCGUUGAUGGGUAACUGUGACGAAUUCCGUGCGCACACUUCUAAUAUUCGCUCUGUAGAUUUCGACUCGAAAGGUAAAAAACUGAUUACUGGAUCAGACGAUAAAACGGUGAAACUGUGGCGAGUAUCACGAAAACAUUUCGUGUCCUCGUUCACAGGACACACGAACUGGGUACGGUGUGCUCGAUUUUCGCCGGAAAAUAAAUUGAUUGGCUCCUGCGGUGACGAUAAAGCACUAAAGUUGUUCGAUCCGGUUUCCGGUCAAUGUGUGCACAGUUUUGUCGAUCAGAAAGGAGCCGGAAAUAAAAUUGCAUGGCAUCCGGACGGAUCAUUAGUAGCGAUCGCAUUGGAUAAUGCUCGCGUGAAGAUUUUUGACAUCAAAAUUCGAAAACUGAUUCAAUAUUAUCGAAUCUUUGAUGGCCCUGUCAAUUCAUUGGAUUUUCAUUCAUCGGGCAAUUAUUUGAUCACUGGAAGCGACGACGGAGCAGUUAAAAUUAUCGACUUGCUGGAGGGUCGACAUAUCUACACGCUUACAGGUCACACAGGAGCAGUCACCGCAGUAAAAUUUGCAAAAGAUGGCCAAACCUUUGCUACCGGAAGCGAUGACAGACAUAUCAUGCUUUGGAAGGUAAACUUCAACGGGGAGUCUUCCGUAAACUCUCUAUAUUCCUCAGACAGCAGCGAAUCCCAACAGGAACAGCUGCAGAAGCCCACUAAACAGUCGGUUCCAUUCUGUAAAAAACUUAGUUACGAGGAAUAUCAGGGAACAGAUGACGAUGAUGAGAUGCAGUUUGCUAACAAUGAGAAUCAUCCUGACACGAGUAUUCUGGUAGAUGCUCGCAAAACAGAAAAUUUUCACCUAACAGAUGCCGUGGAGGAAAUUGUAAUAAGAUUUGGCAAAACGCCUCAUGAACGCUGCCUGUCGGAAACCUGCCUAAAACCAUUUAACAGUGGAAGAAUUGAAAGCAAUAACCGUUUUGAGCAGAACGUCCUCUGCAAGCUGGGAAUGAUAGAAAAAGCCAUUCUGAGUCUUGAGAGAAGAGUUUCGAUGCUGGAAGAUGUCGUGCUGAAUCGAAGUUAACUUAUAUUUUUUUAUACAUAUACCCAUAGCUAUUAUCAUCACCUUAUUGUACAUAGGUUUGUUCAUUAGAUUUAUGGCAUCUUGAUCAACUUAUAGUUGUUUAUUAAAAUACAUUAAUUAUUUGCUACACCAGUAAUGCUGUUCUAUCCCAUGUUAAUAAAAAAUUUCAUAGAAACUAGGCCCAAAAUGGUUUACAAAAUCCCGCUUGCCCUAAAUAAAGGGGCGAAUCGAUUCGCAGACAUGGGAAUAUGAAUUUUCAAUACUUUCGUACAAAUGAGAAUAAGGUCCAACGUGCUAGAAAAUAUGAAUGAAGAGAAAGUACCUUAUAGUCGACAGAUAAAAUUUAUUUAGCUUAUACUAAAUUAAUCGGUUAUGCUGUGUCACAUGUAUAUGAAAUAAAAAAAGGAAAUACCCCUGAGUUUCGAGUAGA